AUGGUGGUACGGAUGCCCGUCCCUCUUGAGGGCGAGCGCGAGCGCAUCAAUCGCGAUAUGAGAGAGAGCCAGCGCGCUCUAGAACUCAGAAAGUUCUUUGCACCCAAUGCCUUUAGUAAACCUUCUAGAGAACGUGACUUCAACGACAGCUUGAAUAAUGAUGGCGCUUUGGAUGCUUAUGCUGAAACUGUUGUGUGGCGACUGAACGGCGUUCACUCUAUGGUCAGCUUGAUAGAUCGAGGCACGCAAUAUUUCCUCGCGGGGUGCAUACGAGCAUCUGGAGGCGACAAUAGGGUCAUGAAUGUUGAGGAAUGGUUCGGGUGCUCGAUGGUUCCAAUACCAGGGGGUCUCUGCGAGAAUACUCUCGGUCUUGAUUUGAAGAAAGAGCAGUACCCGUGUUUUGUCGUCAAUGACCUUUCGGAAGACGAAAGAUUCGCUCAAUUGCCAGUGGUGGAUGGCACGAUAUCAUCAUAUCGAUUCUAUGCAGGAACCCCGAUCACUACCAACCAUGGAGUGAACAUCGGGUCGUUCUUCCUAUUUGAUGACAAAAUUCGGCCACAUGGACUAUUAAUUCAUGAGAAAAAAUUUAUGCACCAGCAAGCAGCUAAUGUGAUGAGACAUCUGGAGACUAAAAGAGAAGCUGCGGAACUUCGCAGGGUGGCUUUGAUGAGCCAGGGAAUCGCCAGAUUCCUGGAAAGAGAUUCGCACGAUCCAGUUGUUUCAGUUACUUCGUCUAUCCCCAAUCCGGCAGAUCAACCAUCGGACAGCUCAAAUCAAAGCCCGGAAACACAAGUUGCAACAGUAACAAACGGGGAAUUGAAUUCCGAUUCUGGGAAAUCAGACAAUGAACCAGAGUCAUCUACCCUCGACAAGAUUCGAGCCACGCUCGAUCGGGCGGCUGACAUAUUGAGGGAAUCCUUGGAGUUGACCGCUGGAGGCGUCGUGUUUCUCGAUACCGCCUUUGCAUUUACUGAUGUUGACAAAACAGAUCCAUGCGCAAACGAAAUCACAGAAACAGGUGUAACGUUCCAAGAAGUUAUUGAGUAUAAAGAGCACGUUCAAACAAAUGGCCAUAUUACGCUAUCACAGGAGAACGAUAAGCUCGCCUCGCUAUCGAAGCGGACAAGUCGAAGAUCGAGCGAAAGACAUCAAAAGUCGAAGGUUCUUGCAAUUUCAGCAUCUGGUAGCGACCUCUGGGAUCCGAACUCUCAAAUUCUGGCUACCCAAACUCUUCAGUCAUUGAUAACUUCAUAUCCGAAAGGGAACAUCUGGUACAUAGACGAAGAGGGUUAUUUCUCGUCUCUGGAACAAAUCAGCAAACUAGAGCCGACACCAUCUAUCAGUCCUUCGGGGAGACGACAAUCGAUUGAUAUCACGAAGCAACGUGCUGAGGCAAACAUGUUGUCACGUGUCUUCAGAAAGGCUCGACAAAUUAUAUUCCUACCUUUAUGGGAUGCUGCUGGCAAUCGGUGGUAUUCGGGCUGCUUCGUUUGGAGCCAGACAGCUGUCCCUGUAUUCACAGUAGAGUCUGAGCUUGCCUAUCUUUCGGCAUUCACGAACUCGUUAAUGGCCGAAAUCAGCCGUUUAGACGCGAUUACCUCGAACAAAAUGAAGUCUGACUUCAUCAGUAGCAUAUCUCAUGAGUUUCGAAGUCCCCUACAUGGUAUUUUGGCGAGCGCCGAGUUUCUUCGAGAGUCAGAACCGAACGGCACACAACUUGAGUUCAUUUCGACCAUACAGAAUUGUGGCGGGACAUUGUUGGAUACAAUCAAUCAUGUUUUGGAUUACAGCAAGAUCAACUCUUUUGAGAAGUCUAAGAGCCAGCAAGGGACUAUAUCAAAUGAACUUUAUCAGAUGACCAACUUAGCACUUUUGUGUGAGGAUAUCGUCAACGGCAUGAUUGCCGCAAAGGAAUACCGCGGGACUGGCGACGCUUCACUGCCAGGCUCCAAUGGUACCACUUCCCAAUUCGGGCGGUCAGUAGCUGCUGGUCCUCAAAAGCAACUGGAGAUUAUUCUUGAUAUAGAACAUAGGGAUUGGGAAUACAAUGUGCAGCCAGGGGCACUGCGAAGAGUGGUAAUGAAUAUAUUUGGCAAUGCCCAAAAGUAUACGGAUUCGGGGUUCAUAUUAGUGCAGCUUCGAAUGCUCAAAGAUCCACAAUCAAACACCGAGACAGCAUCUUUGCGCAUUCGAGAUUCCGGUCGCGGAAUGUCCUCAGAGUACAUGGAGCGAAAGCUUUACCAUCCAUUCGCCCAAGAAGAUACAUUCGCGCCAGGAGUUGGACUAGGUCUUUCCAUCGUCUGGAGCAUAAUAACUCAACUUGGUGGCAAGAUUUCAAUACGAAGCGAGCUAGGCAAGGGAACUGAUGUUGAAAUCACAUUACCAGUUGAGAAAGCCGAUCAGAAUGUUAGCCACUCGAGGCACAGCGAUCUUCUGAAAGUUGUGCAGGAAGCAGAACAGUGCAUCACGACAAUUAGGAACCGAUCAGCUGGUAAAUCUGUCUCCUUUGCUAGGAAAAAAUCCUCAGCAGCCACGCAACAAGACCUUAUUUGGGACUGUAUUGAGAAAUACUGUUCAGAGUGGUUUGGCUUUGAAAUCAAGACUACUGGGGCCUCAAUAUUGAUAACCGAUACGGUCGAAGAUCUGGAUGUAAUAGACGACGAUCUCAUUCUCGUCAUCCAUGAUCAGAUGCUAUGCCCAACCAAGCACAGCGGGACAAAGAGGAUCUACGCAGUUGAGACCAUCUGCCAGCCCAUCGGACCAUUUAGACUCGCCCGAUCGUUACUGACCCUGAUGGACACAUAUUCAUUGGAUAGAGAGGGUAAAGAGGAGACUGGACGAUCUGAUAACUCGACUCAAACACCACUAGGAUCUCCAGAGGAGAGAACCAUAUUGAAUGGUAUUAUUGCAAGCGAUUAUGGCUUCGAGCAGCCCCAAGAAGCUCCGGCCACGUCACACAUAAACAACUCAACAGAGCCUAACGGGAUCGAGUCUUUUGGUCACAAACAAUCAGGUCCAGAUCGUCCUACCUGGCAAUAUGUCGAACCCGAAUCCGCGUCCAAGAUGACAUUGACAGUCCCCCCUGCGCGCAAUUUGCGACAAUCGAGAUCUGUAUUGUCUACGACUUCUACAUCUCUCGAGAUCCCUAUCCACCCAAAGCCCGAGCUGACACCACCAACCUCCCUACACAUUCUAGCUGUUGACGAUAACGAGCUCAAUCUACAGCUGAUCCAGCGCUAUCUUCACAAGCGCAAAUCAGAUACCAUCGUCACUGCACGUAAUGGUGUCGAAGCAGUAGAAGCCGUCCACAAAGCCGGGCCCGAGAACAGAUUCGACGUGAUCUUUAUGGACAUCUCCAUGCCUCAGAUGAACGGGUUCGAAGCCACUCGACUCAUUAGAGCUUACGAACGAAGUCAGGACCCUGUGUUGACUGCAGAGCUCGUCAGUCAAGUGGAGAUCUCUCAUGGUGAAGAAGAUGAGCUGGUUGCCAAGAGAAAUACAAGUCUCAGUGUAGAGGUACUUGUGGAUGUUGAUGAGGUCACGAGAGAGCCCAGAAGGCAUAACGCUUAUAUCGUUGCGUUGACGGGGCUGGCAAGUCGGAGGGAUAGGGAUGAAGCUGAUAAUAGUGGACUUGAUGACUUUCUCACAAAGCCGAUCUCCUUUGGGAAGAUUGGGGAGCUACUGGUAAAGUUGAGCGAGGAGAAAGCACACAGGGGCAAAGGAAUUAAUGGGAUAUGA